UCAGUGAGACGGGUCGGGAGAAAGGGAGGAAAGGCCCGGCCCGAGGUCGCACCGGCUUCAGUCGAGGAUGGACACGACACGAACCAGAGACCAACGGAGCCAAACGAAACCCAAUCCUGCAGGAAAUAUAAUUACGUUUUCUCCAUAGGAAGAAGGAAAAUAUUCUCUUUUUUUAGAAAACAGUAAAGCAAAAACAGGAAUACAGCUUUAUUUUCCUUUCUGUCUGGAGAGCGAUCUGAACCCACCUUUUUGUACCUGAGGAUUAUGGUGGUGCGUGCCGCACCUGAACACCUGAAGGACGACCAAAAUGCUGAAAUGUAAAGUUGUGGGUUUGUUUUUCACACGGCUGCUGCUGCUUCAGGUUGGGAUCAGAGCAGCUCCUCCUGAGGACCACGCCGCCGCCUCGUGCAGCAUCUCGGUGUCUGACACCGUUUCCAGUCUGGAUUCUGUUUCUGUGAGCGUGAGCACCAGCGGACUGAGCUGUUCCUUCAACCUGACGGACUCCAGAGGAGAUGGUGCCGAGUGUGUACGGAUACAAGGAGAGGAGGAGGAGCGGAGGAACCGGACGGAUGGAAGCAGCAGGACGCCGUUCCUCUGCGUUCUGGAUCACCUGGAGCCUGGAACCUCCCACCUGCUGCAGGUUCGGUCGCAGACGGACGGCGAGUCGGCUAACGUCACCGUGAACACCCGACCGUCUGCUGUGGUGGACCUGGCCGUGACCUCCAGAACCAGCACCAGUCUGGACCUGAGCUGGCAGGCCGGUCCCGGCCGGACGCAGCGCUUCAGACUGGAGCUGUGGGAGGGGCCUGCUAGUCCGGAUCCGUCCGAUCUGCUGAGAAACGAGGUGUUGGAGAGCACCGCCACGCGGCACACGCUGUCACAGCUGACGCCUGGGCGACGGUACAAGGUCGCCGUGGUGACGGAGGCGGGAGGGAUGCAGAGCAGCAGCAGCGUGGAGGCGCAGACAGCGCCCUCUGCUGUUUCCAACAUCACUGCGAUAAGCAUCAACAGCACCAGCCUCUGGUUGUCAUGGCAACAGCCCGAUGGCGACGUAGACGAGCUCGUCGUCCUCGUCUUUUCAAGCGGCGCUAAGAUCUGGGAAAAGACUCUGCAUCGAAACACCGAGGGCGUCGCCGUCGACCAGCUGACCCCCGGCUCGGCCUAUCAGAUCGUAGUGAAGUCAAGGAGUGGCGGCCUGACGAACCAAUCAGAGAUCAGAACCAGAACAGCUCCGGCGCCGGCGUCCCUCCUCUCCUUGACCCCGUCCUCCUCCGGCGGCCUCGUCCUGACCUGGCUGCCCCCUGCUGGUCACUGGGAGAACUACAGCCUUUCGCUGUCCGACGGCUCCCAGCAGAUAGUCAGCACCUCUCUGGACAAGGCGGCGGUGAACUUCAGCUUCCCCGGGACGCAGCUCAUUCCUGGAAGGUGGUACCGAGCUGUGCUGACGGUGGAGAGCGGAGGACUGACGAUCGAGAGCGUCUGUGACGGCCUGACAGCUCCCGCUGCGCCGUUGGACCUCCACAUUCGCCACUCCGAUGAGACCUCAAUCAGCGCCAUGUGGAGCCACGCCCCCUCCGGCUCGCGCGACAGCUACCUCCUCACCAUUCGUCACGGCGUGGUUACCGUGGAUACCAGGGAGGUGGAUCCCAACAUGAGGGAGUGCACAUUCAACGUGCUGGUACCUGGGAGGCGGUACAACAUCACCGUGGCGACCAGGAGCGGGAAUCUGAGCGCCUCUGCGUCGGUGGAGGGCAGAACAGUCCCGACGGAGUUACGGACCGUCAAGCUGAGGAGUUCAGGUGUCGACAGCCUUCAGGCCUCCUGGGAAAAACCUCCAGGUGACGUGGACUCCUACAGACUGACCCUUCUGCAGGACAGCUUUGUGCUCCAGAACCACAGCGUUCCUGCUUCCUCCUCAUCUCUGCUGCUGACCCGUCUCACGCCCGGCGCCCUCUACAGGCUGCAGGCUGCUGCUGUCAGCGGGGAGCUGCUCUCCAAACCCAUCAGCCUGAAGGGUCGGACAGCUCCGGCGUCCGUCUCCGAGGUGACCGUUUCCAACCGAGGGCGGUCAGACGCUCUCCAGGUGUCGUGGCGUCCGGCGGCGGGUGUAGUGGACAGCUACCUUGUCCGGCUCGAAGACGGAAAGCGAGUCGUCCACGUCCUGGCCGUGUCCAGCUCCUCGCCGCCCGAGUGCUCCUUCAGCUCGCUGGUCGCCGGGCGCCUGUACUCUGUGGUCAUAGUGACGAGAAGUGGCGACCUGGAGAACGCCACGGUGGUGAAGGCUCGGACACAACCAGCGACUGUCCAGAAUCCAACGGCGGUUCACUCGGCCAGGGAAGACUACCUGAAGGUGUACUGGCGCCACGCGGCUGGAGAUCUGGAUCGCUAUGUGGUUCUGAUCCACUACAACCACAGCGUGCUGCAGAACAAGAGCGUCUCCGCCGGACACAACGAGUGCGCCUUCUCCUCGCUGACGCCGGGGAGACUCUACAGCGUUACCGUGGAAACCUGGAGCGGAGACUACGUCAGCAGCGUCUCCACGGACGGCCGUACUCUCCCAGCUGCUGUAAGCAACCUGUCGCUAGGCAACGCUGGAACGACUUACCUGAACGUUACCUGGAGCCCCGCCCCCGGAGACGUGGACCACUAUGAGGUCACGCUGCUCUUCAACGACACGCGGGUUUUCCCGCCCGUCUCGCUGGGCAGCGAGCUGCGGCAUCACCUGCUCACCGCUCUCACGCCAGGACGCCUCUAUAAGGUGGUGGUGUCCACGUUCAGUGGGCCGCAUCAGACGGCGCAGUUCACUGAGGGACGGACAGCUCCCAGCUCCGUCCAGAACUUGCGGAUGGUUCCUCAGCCCGGUAACUCCGACUCUGUCGGGGGGCUGCUGGUGUCCUGGACGCCCGGAGGGGGAGAUCUGGACAUGUACGCGCUGACGCUGUCAGACCAGGGCGGCGUCUCCAUCGACACCCGCCCCGUCCCCAAAUACGUCUCCACCCUGGACUACUUAGAACUGACCCCGGGCCAGGUGUACAGCGUCACCGUCCAAUCCCGCAGUGGGACGCUGACCAAUGACAGCUCUGCGACGGGCCGAACAGCUCCGGCCAGAGUCACGGCUCUGCAGGCCGACAACGGCCACACCACGCACAGCCUGACGGUCAGCUGGGAGCGGCCGGUGGGCGUGUUCGACUCCUACAUCCUGCACCUCCUGGAUGAAGCUGGCGUCUGUCUGAUCAACCAGUCGAUCGCGGCGGAGACACGCAGCAAGCAGCUGGAGGGUCUGACCUCCGGGAAGUGGUACCGCGUGAAGGUGGUGACGCUGAGCGGCGGCGUGCCGUCGCUGAACGCCGCUGUGGCGGAGGGGCAGACGCGUCCGGCUGCUGUGAGCAACCUGACUGUCACCGCCGUCAACACCUCCUCCCUCAGCUUCUCGUGGCGGCCCUCCGCCGGCCACGUCGACCUCUACGACCUGUCGCUCUUCAGAGAGUCGGAGUCCAUGGACACCAAAAGCCCUGCAGACGGCAGGAAGGAGCACCAGCAGGCUGCAGGGGAGCUGCUGGACCUGCAGAAGCUCAGUCCGGCUGCGCACAGCUGCGUCUUCUCCGGCCUGCAGGCAGGAAGUCUGUACAGACUGCAGGUGGUGAGCUGGAGCCGCCGCAUGAGCAGCGACUCGUCGGUGCUCGCCAGAACGGUUCCAUCGCCGGUGUCGUCUCUGCAGAUUCAAAGUUCAAACCAGACGGACAGGCUGACGGUCGUCUGGCAGCCGGGCAGCGGCAGCUGGAGCAACUACCAGGUGGUUCUGUACGACGUCUACGGCACCACUUUGGGAGCUCACAUGCUGGGGGCGGAGCACAGAAGCCAGCGCCUGUCUGGGCUGGUCCCUGGUAGGCUGUACCGUGCUGAGGUCAUUACAUACAGCGGGGAGUUGACCAAUAACGCCUCAGCAUUCGGACGCACCACUCCAGAACCGCCCACCCACCUGUCAGUCAAACAAGGCUCGACCAAUGACACGAUCAAGCUGUCGUGGGCGGGUCCACUCUCUGGAGACUUCAGUAACUUCAGUCUUCAGUGGGAGCCUCCAGAUCCACUGAGGGUCUCAGAGAUCGAUCUGACCAGCAGCACUGUGGGCGGGAUGUUUCCGGGCCGACAGUACAACUUUACCCUGAUGACUGUGAGUGGGGGCGGAGCCAAAGGCAGUCCCAUCGCCUUGAGUCAACCCAUCCAGAGGAGCAUAAGAACAAGUCCGACUCCUCUGAAGUCCCUCCACUGCUUGCCCCUCUCCUCCUCCUCCCUCUCCUGCUCCUGGACUGCUCCUGCUGCCGACUUCGACUCCUAUGAGGUGGAGAGCCGUCGCUACGACGACGGGAGUCUGGUGUCGGUCCUGAAGCUGGCGCGGGGCGUCACCGCGGUAACGCUGGGAAAUCUGGAGGCCUUCAGGAAAUACUCUGUGACCGUCAGAGUGUCUUCAGCCGGGCAGACGAGCCCACCGACGACCCACACCACCGUCACCAUGAUCGAUCGUCCUCCGGUCCCGCCCCCCACCGUGCGGGUCAAUGAAAAGUCCUCCAAAGUGACGUCCUCCUCCAUCCUGUUCCGCUUCAACUGUUCUUGGUUCAGCGACUCCAACGGCGCCAUCCGAUACUUCACCGUGAUCGUGGCCGAGUCCGACACCUCCGAAGUGCUGCAGCCGGAGCAGCGCCACCCUCUGCCCUCCUACCGCGACUACAUCAGCAACUCCUCCAUCAGCGCGUAUCAGACCUCCUACUUCCAGAGCCGCUGUCCACUGGACGCCGACUCCACAGCGGGACAGGUGGUGGAGUUGCACCUGGGUGCAGGAGGGGACCGGCUAGGCGGAGCCUGCGACCGUUACCAUGACGACGACCUCUACCUGAGCGACAGCUACGGUGAAUUCUGCGAUGGUCCGCUGAGACCAAAGACCUCCUACAGGCUGAGCGUGCGAGCCUUCACCGAACUGUUUGACCAGAACCACAGGGAGGUCGCUCAGCCGCUCUUCUCGGACACGUACCUGUCCGCGCCGUUGAGGACUCAUGCCGAGCCUCUAGGUGGCGUGGUGGAGGGCCUGAGCGCUGGAAUGUUCCUCAUCGGAAUGAUGGUGGCCGUCGUGUCACUGCUGGUUUAUCGGCAAAGGCUGCACAAAGUGGCUGUGCAGGAGAACCCGGUGGUGAGGAUGAGCAUGUGGAAAGAAGUUCCUGCCUCAGGGAUGUACAUGGGGGUCAGGAGUAACCGGCGCGUCACCAGCCCCAUCAAAGCCGGCCACUUCGAGUCCCACCUGGCCAAGCUGCAGGCCGACUCCAACUACCUGCUGUCUGAGGAGUUUGAGGACCUGAAGGACGUGGGGCGGAACCAGACGAUGGACGUGGCCCGGCUGCCGGAGAACCGAGGAAAGAACCGCUACAACAACAUCCUGCCGUAUGAUUCCACCAGACUAAAGCUGUCCUACCUGGAAGACGACCCCUGCUCCGACUUCAUCAACGCCAGCUACAUACCCGGGAACAACUACCGCAGGGAGUACAUCGCCACCCAGGGCCCGCUGCCCGGCACCAAAGACGAUUUCUGGAGGAUGGUGUGGGAGCACAAUGUCUUCAACAUCGUUAUGGUGACACAGUGUGUAGAGAAAGGACGGGUCAAGUGUGACCAGUACUGGCCUGCAGACAGAGAGCCGCUGUACUACGGCGACCUGGUCAUCCAGAUGCUGUCCGAGUCCGUCCUGCCCGAGUGGACCAUCCGAGAGUUCAAGGUCACCUCGGAGAGCAGCUGCAGUUACCCCCGGAUGGUGCGUCACUUCCACUACACCGUGUGGCCGGACCACGGAGUCCCAGAGACCACCCAGUCUUUGAUCCAGUUUGUCAGAACCGUCCGGGACUACGUGGACCGAUCCCCAAGUACUGGAGCCACGGUUGUGCACUGCAGUGCUGGAGUCGGGCGCACCGGAACCUUCAUCGCCUUGGACCGCGUUCUGCAGCAGCUGGACUCCAAAGGAACCAUCGACCUUUACGGCAUCGUGUUUGACCUGCGGCUGCACCGGCAGCACAUGGUGCAGACGGAGUGUCAGUACGCCUUCCUGCAUCAGUGCGUCCGCGACGUCCUGAGAGCCCGGAAGCAUCGCAGCGAGCAGGAGAACCCUCUGUACCCCAUCUACGAGAACUACAACCCCCAGCUGUGUCGCGAUUUCAUGUAUUCUGGACGCUGAAGAGGCCGACCUUCAUCAGGAAGAACAUCUGAUGCGACUCCACUUUUCAGAACAGUUUAGUGACAGCAGCUCAAACUUUCAUCAAACUUCCUGAGCGAACAGUUAGAUUUAUACAAAUCUGUUGCACUGCAGACAUCCCUCCAGCUAACGGAUUGAUGCUGAAUAGAUAAUACAACAGUCUGGAGUUCAAACUGAACGUAAAUCAGCCAAAGGAACUGUUAUCAAGGGUAAAGAGGAACCGACUACCUUCUAAACUGUAAUAAAUGAUUAGGCCAUCAUACCCUGAGAUUUCAGUCUGCUGCUUAGAUCGAUGCAACACAGAAAUAGAUUAGUUCCACCAGAAGUUUCAUCAUUUUUUUUGCAUUCUGGGCCAAAAAUGUCAAACUUUGCUGUGACUUUAACUCUUUUAAACAGAUUAAAAUAAUCUGGAUCAAGUAUCUGCUAACGUGCUAUAGAACAUCAAGAUUCCUAGAAGAACAAUGUUGUUGAUCCACUUUAACUGAGAUAAAAAUUCAAAUGUAACUUGAUCGUCUCUGGAUGCUGGAGUUAAGAUCAGUCUUGUGCUUUUGAGAUUCUUUUGUCAACCAAUAAUCUGUCUAAAAAAACAAACAGCUUUGUUUUUUCUGCAAAUGUAAUAAGAAAAUCAUCUACUAGAUCAACCUGAUGGUGAAAAGACGAGCUUUUGUUUCUUUUCAUGGAUCUUUAAAUCUGUUUUCACUUUAAGGUCAGUCAUCUCUGAUUGUAGCAUCUUCUCCCCUCAGUUUGUUUUCACUGCAACAUAUAAGCUGAUUAUUUAAAAUGACACACAGUGCUGUAUGUAAAUAUAGAUUUAAUACACUUUUUGCAUUACAACGGAUGUAUGUCUGUCAGGUAGUCUAAUGCUGUUAUAUUUACUGUUUUAGAUUAAACUUCCUACUUUGUAAAAGUUGAAAAAUUAAAAGCUGAAAUUUGCUGUAAAUUUCCUAAACUGUGAAGUUUAGAACAAACAUUUAUCUACUGCACCUCCUGAUUUUAGUUUUGAAUUCAUUUGGAAAGAAAAAAUAUUUUUUACAUCGAAAUUUGAUUUAUUUCAACUGACUUUUUUCGAAUUUUAAAUAUUUGUUUAACUGUUAUUUAAAUAAAUUAAAACCAGUCAAAAACAAUUCAUUCACAACCUUUAGCCCUGACUUUAUUUUUUUUUUGUUUGUUUUUUUUACAUCAGGCCCUCAAACUGUUUUUAGAUCUGUUGUAAAAUCUCCAAAGAGACAAUAAAGUUUAAUUUGAAAUUUGC